GUACAUGCUAGACACCUUACCCUACAACUCGAGGCCCAAAAUCUCACCUUCUUCACACCUCUUUUUUGUAUUUUCCAAUUGCAACUUUGCAAGAGCUCUGGCCGUUCUGUAAAGACGGAAUUGCUUCAAUGACUAUUAUUAUUCUUCACUAGAUACCAACCUACUUGCCCUUAAGACCACCCUCUUCUUAAACGAGGUGUGAAUUGUUGGUCCUAAUAGCCUUUUUUUUUUCUUCCUUCUCGGAUUUUUUCUUCACUGGCUUUAUCUUUCUCCUCAUCUUUCCUUUUUUACUAUUACCCUAUUAUAAACUUCCUCUGCCUAGUAUUAAUAGUACCUAUUUCUUUCACGUCACUCAUUUGAAAUUUUCAGCUAUCUUCCUUUAUACAUCCUACUUACCUUCUCAUAUCACCAGACAAAAAAAACACCAUCUAUUGUUUUCGCUAGUUUUGUUUCUUGGUUGUCAACUAGUAGUCCACACCUUCUUACUUUCUUACCCCCGAGCACGCUACCCAUGACACCUCACCUAUACAAAAAUAAAUCCAGCACUAUCAAUAUUACUUGAAGACAGACUGGUUACUAGUUCAGAAUCUCCUCGGUCUUUAAAGGAACUAGUUUGCAAAAACCAAUGGCAAUAAAAUGGCCUCUACUCCUUCGAAUCGGUUAAAAUUAACCCCAUCGAACUCGCCAUAUGUUCCGCAUCCUAUUCGGUCACCUUACCGCGGCAGAGGUUCUAUAGAGCCUCGCCUGUCUUUAAAAAGGGUCGUCGGUACCACCUGUACCUCACCUACCGGUUUCGAUGUCGUGAACUCUUCUUUUGCAUAUAUUGCCGGCGGAGCUGUUGUGGUGGUGGAUGUUGACGGGUCUGAAUAUACUCAGCGUUUCUACCGCGCGCGCCCAACCGCUCUCCCUGUCUACAAUACUCCAUCAGCUCCUUACUCACCCUCGACGCCGACGCCGACCCCGAAAGCGAACGAUAGUCGAAAUAGAGUAUCGUUGCGGGAAUCAAACUAUGGCACCCAUGAUUGGGCUGACUCUUCCACGUCAUCGAAAACGUGGACGAGCCGAGAACGUAUCAAGGCCGCGACGUGUUUAGCUCUCAGCAAAGAGGGGAGGUUUCUCGCUGUUGGUGAAACUGGCUACGCUCCCCGGGUUCUCAUCUACAAUCUCGAAGAUGACUCGUCAGAUACUCCACUUGUCUCUAUUAGUGAGCAUGGAUUUGGGGUAAAAGCCGUCGCAUGGUCGCCCGAUUCCAAGUAUCUUGCCUCCCUCGGAUCUGCGAAUGACGGUUUUAUUUACAUAUGGAGGAUAGACACGAAGACUGGUGCUGCAAAGCUGUUUCAGCAAAACAGAUGCACAUCUUAUAUUCGCGGUAUGAUAUGGGUGGGCAAUAAUUUGAUCACCCUAGGCGUGCGUCAUAUCAAAGUAUGGAGGGUCGAGGAGGGACAAACAACGUCUCCAAUGAAACAGAAACUCAUCGGUGAUUCGAGCUCGAACUUGCAACCACAUCAGAAGACGUUGCCGGGUCGAAACGUUUUGCUUGGCAACAUGAUAGAAGCAACAUUCUCAUGCGCCGCCGCCAUCGACGACACAAAAGCUAUCAUCUGCUCUGAGACGGGGGAUGUAUGUUUAUUCGACGACACGGGCAAGCAGAUGAAGUUGACAAACGUCCUCGAAAGUGGAUUUGCAACAACCUGCGUGGCGAUUCGUGGAAAUGUUGUUUAUCUGGGGGGUAAAUCGGGAAACCUAGCUACCCUCGACUUGGCAUCCCUUCUAAGCUGCAACUUGGAUUCCUUAUGCACGAACGUGGGCUCUUUUGCGGGUUUCUUUGCUAUGGGCUUUCUUGAAGAGAACAUGGUGACAGUUGAUGCCAAGCGUUCUAUUCACAUUUGGAGAUGUGACGAUGCCCCGGAAAAACUGGACUUGAGCUCUAGUCCCAUCCCUAUCCCUGGACACCAAGAUUCGAUUCUCGGUGUCGAAGCACUGAGUCGUCCUAACGCACCAGGUGCUGACUUUUACAGUUGGUCGGGAACAGGACAAGUUAUAUUGUGGGACGUUGACGGCAACAUCAAAUGCUCAUUCCAGGUACCACUUGAAGAUGCCUCCACCGAAGACGAGCCCAAUCUAGUCAAUCAAUUGACUCUAGUACAAGCUACAGAGGGUGGCAACUUUUUUGUGACGGGAGAUAAGUUGGGAAUUGUUAAGAUCAUUGACUUCUCAACGCUUCAAUGUGUAUCUUCUAUGAAAGCACAUGCCUCCGACUGUCAAUUCAUUACCACCUUCGAGAACAAGACUAGGUUCGUCAUUGCGACAUGCGGUCGUGACCGUACGGCACAACUUUUCCACAAGACAGCCACCGGAGAAUUUGAGCACUUCCAAACCCUUGAGUUUGCCGCAAGGGUGGUGCAAGUCCUCGUUCCGUCGGCAGAUAAAGUAAUAACCUGUUCCAUGGACAGAACAUUACAAGUUCAUGACCUAGUAACAAAAGAGGGCGAACCGGACGCCAUGGCGGCUAUUCCUUCAAAAAGCUUUCCCUUAAAAUCUUCGCCGGCAUCAAUGGCAGUGGACGCGGACGGAAAGUUCCUAUUUGUGUCGCUACUAGAUAGAUCCCUUUGUAUAUUUGACUUGGAAAGUGGGAAACUGGCCAAUUCAUUCAAAUGUACUGACGAGAGCGGGACAGAGUCCGUCGUCCUAGAUUCCCUUACUGCUCGAGCAGCAACCGAUAAGGAGCCUGCGUUGCUCCUAGGCAUUUCGAAUACGGAUAAGUCCAUCCGGAUCUAUGACGGCCAAACGGGGUCUUUCUUAGACCGUGAAUGGGGUCAUACCGAAGCUAUCAAUGGCGUAGCUUUGAUCGAAGAUGAAAGUAGCAAGCGAAGGGUUGUAAGUGUCGGGUCAGAUGGCACUAUCAUGAUUUGGGAGAUGGAUAUGCAGGAUUCGGCAUGGGGCUUCAACAGUCGUGAACCAUCUCCAGUCAAGGACGGUUCCACUGUCUCUCGAGCUACGCUUCGACGCGUGCUAUCCAAAGCUGAGCUUGCCGAGUUCCAACGAACUUCACCUUUUUCGACCGGACGACGAUCGCCUCCGAGGACACUUGCUAAGAAGAGAUCCGCGUACAAUUUGGCGUCUACGUCAUCUGUCAGAACACCACCUGUCCCUACAUUACAAACUAGCCCUUCGCCGACAAUUACUGAGGAUACUCCAACCAGGAGACCAUCGGAUAGUCGUUCUGGCAGUCCACCAACCAGCCCUAAAGGAAAAGUAAAGAGGCGUCCGUCUCUACCGGCCCUCAACUCGGCAAAAACUAAGAGCAACAGUAACUUGAGAGGGUAUGGGUCUUUAAAUAUGGCCACCGAGCAGGCUUGUCGUACGCUUCGAACCUAUCGGAAGAAACUGACCUCCUCGGAUCCCGUCAGCCAAGAGGUCUUGGCUGAAUUAGACCAAGAACUUCGUCUUACCGCAAUUGCAUUAGGCGACAGGGCUACACGGAGCAAGGCUAUGAGUGAUAUGAUGUUGACUGGUCUUCUCGAUCAAUAUUCGGAGCGCUUAGUAGCUAUGCUGGACGAAAAACUACGGUUAAGUUACCGGUCCACUUCAGACCCUGAGCCGGACUCUCCUAGAAAGCGACGUGAGUCGUCAGGAGCUGGCUCUAACAACGACUCUUCAUAAAGCAUACAUUUACCCCAUAAUGUGUAUUAGUUAUGUGUAUAUCACAAACACGCACCAUUAAGCAUGCUCCAAUUUUCAUGGGUUACAAGGAGAUGGAAGGGAAAGGGGGAAGGUAACACAGACGUCCGUGACUCUAGGCGUUUAGGGGUCAUUCAUACACUUUUAUCGGAAAGGGGGUAAUCGUCUAGGAAACAGAUGGUUGGACAACGGCGUCAUAGCAUUUCGGGGAGAAGGGGGAGGUUUUUCUAUCCGUUUACUGAGUCCCAUUUGUUGGCUAACUCAACAUGAUACCACCGGACUUGGCAGGAGAAAAUAACAGGAGUUGGUGGGGUGGGUGAAAACACGCUGUGCUGUGCUGCUGUACUGCUGUGCUGUGUAGUAGAAGGGAGGGAGGGAAGGAAACCGGGGCCAUGGUAUGGUAACUUGUCAUUAUCGUUUAUAUUUUCUUAGUGACGAAGCUACUUUGUUGUUUUUUUUUUUCGUUAGGACGCAUCAAUUCAUUCUGCGCGACACAGUGGGUAAUUCCGUGUCAUUAUCAAACGGGGGUUUUUUCAAGUCUAUUUUAUAAAAGUGAAUUGUGACGACUUCAACAUACAUAC